GCUCACAUUUCAUUCAGGGCACUUUGUCGCUCUUUCGUCUGUCCGCCAGCGUGGUGCUUUCUGUGCCCCCGCCUCUUCCUCAUUAGCCCUCCGACCCCCUUGGCAGUGAUCAUGUGUCUGUCCACAGCACAUUGUCACCGCCAAGGGGGUGGACAGCAAAGGAUGAAAAGGUGUGAGAGAAGGCACACAAGACACACACUCAGCCACAGCCACAGCCACACGAAAUGGAGACGUCACAAGACAGACAGACACAAGAUAGGCAGGCAGUGUCCAGCCUUACGAUCACCACUUGUAGACACGAAGCGCAUGUAUUUCCUCUGCCAACAGUCAGUCGCUCUGUCUGUGCUGGUGUGUUCCCUCAUGCCGUCAUUCGCCGCGUCUUCGGUAUCUCCUCGCCCCCGCUUGGCAGUGAGGGUGAGGAGCUGACGAAGACGACGGCAAGCAACACACCCACGCACAGACGCACCCGACCAACCAAGAGCAGAGACAGCCAAGAUCACACCUACUCGGCCCACCUCGCUAUGGCUCCUAUCUGUCGAUCUGUCGGCACAUUCCGCCGAACAGCCAGUCGAUGAAGCUUCUUGGCUUCUCUGACUGCCACCCAUAUGUGGUGGGCUCCAUAUGAUAGAUUCCAUCUCAUCACACGUGAAGUUCAUGGUCCGCGCCAUUAAGCCGUCGCCGUUGCCCUGCUGAGUGUACCCCCCCUUGUACCCUUCCGGCAACUGGUCCCUCUUGAUCCACAGGUGGCAGCUGCUGAGGUCGGCCGCAGGGCCAGGCUGAGCGAAUCCCAGCCACAGAUAGCCGCAAGCGAUGCACACAUUGGCAAGCGGCUCGUCCAUGUCGUUUUUCGACGCCCCCUGUGUGCCGGCCACCCCCACCGUCUGCCUGUCCUCAGGCAGCUCGAUCUUCGUGGGCGCCUCGUACGCGCCGGAGAGCGAAAAGAAGAAGAGGGGCAUCUUGUAGCGGUUGGUCUGUUUGGGGUCGGCCGGCGGGGUGAUCUGGCCACCGAGGAAGCAGCCGAAUCGGUGCGUGUCGCCAUCUCGGAGGGCGAAGAGGAGGCCGCUCUUGCCCGCCACACAGUCGAGCAUCGUGGCAUAGGCACUCCCAUCACGGCUAGACCUGAUCCACACACAUACACACGUGCAUCCACUGCACCGACGGGACGCACAGCCAUUCGUGAGCGCCCGGCUUACUUGAAGAGCAGCGAUGGUCUGCACAUGGGCUUCUUUAUCAUGUCCAGCAGGCUCACCCACUCCUCUGCCGACUUGAUGACCCACUCAUGGCCGGCCGGCAGGUCCAAAAUGGGCAGUAAGUCAGACCAUACAUUGUCAAAUCUUCUCGAAACAGCUCACGCUCGGCCUCGUCCAUCAGCGGGGGGCGGAUGAGCUGCCCCUUGGGCAGCACCGAAAUUCGCCGGGCGAAGUCGACUGUGUUGACGAAGUGCUUGGUGGGGGUCUGACGCACACGACGGUCACCCCAGCAGGGCGGAGUGCUGCACAACCACACACAUACACAGAUGUGACCUGCCUUGUCGCUCUCCGUCUGUCGUUUGUGAAUGUGUUCACUUUGAGAAUCGCGUUAGCAGGGGAUGGUCAUUGCCAAGUCGCUGGAGGGUGCGCUUCAUGCAGCUCACCUUCCGACCCAUCACGUCCAAGCUCAGCACCGCGCUGUCACCUCUGGCGUCAUCCUGACCCUUCAUAAACGGCUCCAUUGCCGAGAGGAACUUGACCACUUCCUCCCUGCGGCACGUCAGCCGCUUCAUGACCUUCUCCAGAUCGCUCAGCGACGUCUGAAUGAUAUCCGCGAUGGCCUUCUCGUCACAUGCGCCAUCGACCGCCUUGGUCGUGGCGGCACCGUGGCGCCUGUGUGUCGGAGCUGAGAAGGACUGCAGCUCUCGCAUGAACAGGGAGUGGUACUCGCUGUAAGUCGGGUCAGCCGCCUUGGAGGGCGGCAGCUCGACACUGCCGGUGCGGUGGGUCUCGUGGAGUGUCAGCUCGUCCAGAAAGGCCUCGAAGUAUGCGGGUGACGCCUCCAGAUAGACAUGGCCAUCAGGAUCUCGCGGGAGGCCGUCAGAGAAGUGCAUCAGCAGGACUGAGAUGUAUCGCUUGCGCAUCAAGGGAAGGAGGAGCGCACGGCGGGACACCGGAAACACCACGCCGCCUGAUCAGCCAGCCGAUACACACACGACAGACAGACCAACACAGACAGUCACAUCACGACUCUCAUGCUCUCGUCCUCUUCUGCCCUGCCCAGCACUGCACGCCUGCGUUGACGAGCAUCUCUCCUUUGGUCUCCGGGGGAUGCGACACGCCGCCUCUCUCAGCAACGAGCCGCGAGGUCACCUCCGUUAACACCGAUUUGGCGCUCAUGAGUCGCUGAAUCGACGCAUCCAAGUCGCCGUCGAUGGUCUCGCAUCCGCCAAGCAACUCAAGCAUCACGACGAACCAAGAUGAUGACGACGACUGGCUGAAUCCAACCGAAGAUCCUGGUCACACAGGCUGCCAGCUGUCAGCUGCUAUGCCGCGGUCAGACGCCUUUCCUCCCAC